AUGCCGGGGGGCCAGAUGGGCGCCGAGGGGCCAAUCUCCGACGCCGUCACGAAGGCCAUGGUCAGCCACUUCGCACGCGAGUUCACGAAGGGUGCCCUGUUCGCCCCUGCGUCCGUGCCCGCUGCGCCUGGGGCGGAUGCCCCGCUCGUACGCCGCGCAGAGCUUGGUGAACUACAUCGCGCGGCGCCCAGCCGCUGGCUGUUCUGGUUCGUGUGCGGCGUGGGCUUCGGGCUUGCGACGGCCGCUGCGCUGCGGAGCGCUUGGCAGGCUGCUCGGUGCCGCGGCAGGAUGGCGACGUGGGCGUUCAUGCCGUACAUCAGGGGCGGCCCACGGCAGGUCUGUCAUCAGAGGCUGGGGCUCGGGCAGGUGGCAUUAUCGGUAGCGAGCCUCUUCGUGAUCGGCACCCCCGACCUGCACGGGCACGCGGAGGUCUACAGUGCCGGGUCGGCCGUCGUCGCGGCCGUGAGGUGGGCAACGUCUCUCAGCGUGCUGCCGGACGGCCUCCCUCCCGGGGACGUCUACCGCUUCUGGGUGGGGCCGACGGUGGUGCAGCGGGCCGCCUUCUUCGCCGCGGCGGUGCCCGAGGGGGUUGUGGCUGUUGGUGCGGCCGACGGCCGUGGGGCUGACGACUGGGUCGCCGACGAGUGCUUCGACGGAUUCCGCGACGCGGACGACGUGGCGCACCAGGCCGGAGCAGGCGCCAUCGGGGACAAGGACAUCCACCGGCUGGCGGGCGGCUCUGGGCUCUUCGGGCAGUUCUUACGGCCGAGCGACGUACAGGAGUUCUUCACCCGCAUCGUGGCCGUCGACGCCCGCUUCGUGCCGGUGCGCCGCAACGGGCUGGGGCGACGGGGGCGAACGUGGGCGGACAUGUUUGCCGCUGCGACGAAGGAGGAUUUCGACAAGGACUGGUCGCUCAGUGGCGACCGAGCGGCCGAGUGGAGCCUGGAGCACAUCAACUCGGAGGGCAACGGUUUGGGAGUUCACCACGAUCGGAUUCGAUCGCUGUGUCGCCUGGUGCCCAACGCCUGGGAGACGGCCGAGCUCCUCCACCUCGCGGCGGCGGACGAGGCCGGCAUCCUCGGCGUCCAGCUCGACGGCACGAACCUCGUCAUCGUGAAGAUGCUGCUGAAGAGGAUGCAGACCAUUGAGGUCGCCCACCUGGAGUGGGCUAAGGAGGCCGCGUCAGAGCUCCUGAACGUGGUUCUUGUCGGCGUGGAGCGGGAGGCGCAGCUCAGCACGGCCCUGCGGAAGGGCUGCAAGGUCACUCCCGCAGAAGCUCUUCGGAAGUUUCGCGUGGCGAGCUGGUAUGAUGUGGAUUCUGCCGUGCUCGGUUCCUAUAACCUCGCUAGCGUCUCGCUCCCCUCUGGCUCGCCCGCGCUGGUACCGCUCGAGGAUCUGUGGGGCGUGGGCGGGUCGGACAUGAUUGGGGACUUCGUCCAAAGCCGAUUGCUACCGUCUAGUGAGGUAGAAACUCGUUUGAACAAUUCUCAGGUGGCGGUGCCAUAUAGUGAUCCGAAGCUGCGUCGGGUCGCGGCCUUUGAGGAGUUCACCCGUGCACUGCAGCAGCGUGGCAUGGUAGAUUUCAGCUUCUCGGCCAAGGAAAGGGUUGAAGCUUUUUUCGUGCACGAGAAAAAUGGGAAGCUCCGGCUGGUAGUGGACUGUCGUAGAAGCAACUGUCAUUUCCAGGACCCCGCCCCCGUUUCCCUCCUCGCCGGCGAAGGCCUGGCUGGGCUGGAGCUCGGCGAGGGAGAGGGGUUAUCGCUGUUCUGGUCGUGCUAUGCCUUCGUCAGAAAGAAUUGCACCCAGGAGGAGCGUCUGUGGGCUUCUGUACGUCGCGAGCUCUCACUCUGGGAUGGGCUUGCACCUCUCCUCUGGCGGGACCUACGGGCGGGCUGGAGCGACGAGGUGGUGGCCGUCGAUGCUAGUGAGUGGGGGCUGGGGGCGUGCGCCGCGCAGUGUGGGGGCUCUCUUGCCCGGAGCGUCGGCCGGACCUCGGAGCGUUGGCGCUGGGGUCGGGUCGGCGCGGCCAUGGGUCCUCGUCGCCACGCGCUGGACCACGCUCGAAAGGCCGAGGCGGCGGCGGCCCUGGCUGGGGAGGCCCGCGAGGCUGCCCCCUGGAUCGCCGCCGCCAACGACGUCCCAGGGCCCGAGUGCGCGCCCCCCCAGCCCCCGUCGGCUGGCUCAGGUGUCCUGGACAGCCCCGGAGACGUCUUCGGGUUCGGUCGGGUCAAGCGGGUCGUGGACUUCCCAGAGGUCCCGCGGGAGAUGAUCGAGCUGCGGUGGUCCGUCGUCGGUCGCUUCCCGUGGAGGCGCAAGGGGGAGAGUAUCGCCGUCUACGAGGCCAGGGCCACGUUGUACGGGUUUCGCCAUCUUCUUCGUUCGUCUCGGAACCUCGGGAAGCACGUGGUGGUCCUGGGGGACUCGCAGUCGACGGCCAGGGCGGUGACUCGGUUUCGGAGCGACAGCCGAAGCAUGAUGCGGGUCACCCAGGCGAUCGCGGCCCUCUCGCUCGCGACCGGUUCGGCCUUGCACUAUCGGUGGUUGCCCUCGGAGUGGAACGUCGCGGACUCUCCUUCCCGAGGCCUCUGGGCUCCAGCUGCUCCGAGCCCGCUCGAUUUCUCCAAACAUGCUCCCGCGGGCCAGACCCGCGCCGACCUCGACCGGCGCUCGGAUGGCGCCGCCGGCGGCGCCUGCGGCCUCGCUGGCCUCGCCGCUGGACAGACGGGGGGCCACCCGAGGGGCCAUGACGGCGAGCCUCUCUACGUCAGCACGGGGCCCCG